CUUCUGUUUUUAUUCAAAACAGAAGGAGUGUGUGUGUUGUGUCAUUGUGUCAAGAUCAAUCUUGACAUUGGUUCUUGGAGGGAAUUAUCAUUGUUGUUGGAGUCUUCUACCCGUACUUGCAUCAGUGAUAUAGUCUAAUAGGAAAAUAGCUAAAAGAAAAUUGUUUACCUAACCCACCAAAAAAAAAAAAUAAAAAUCAAGUAGACUUUAGAAGACUUAAAAAAUUGCUGGGUUCGAUUUCCGAACGUCAAUCCAAAAACAUCAUAUACUCCGCCAACAAAAUGAAGAAUUCCUCGGAAGAACGCCAUUUUACAGCAACAAGAAUCACAACACAAGCAACCAUCAUAAACACAUCUAAUUAUUAUGACGAUUGGGAUAAACCCUUUUCAAUUCAGGAUUUGGAAGCCAUUGAAGCAGCUUUUGAUGCAGCAACUUCUAAGCCACUCUCUUCAACACCUUCAUCUUCUUCUUCCACUAAAACCCCACGUAGCAGUUCUUCCAUUGAUGAUGAUGACACUAGUGUCCCACCCAAGACCCGACGCCGGUUGCCGGGUACUAUAUCAGGUUCAAACGGUGUAAUGGGUUCUCCCAAGACUCCUGGUUCUGUCACGCUAACCCCUUGUUCUAGUAAAUGGAACUCUCGCCAAGGCAAUGUGAAAAUGAAUCAUCCUGCAAUGAAUUUUGGGGGCCGCAUUGUGUAUUCACGGACAAUUGAACAGGUAGAGCAAUCUACAUUGCAGGUUUUGAGGUUGUUGGAGGCUAAAAAAAGCGAAACUGGUAGGGCUGUUAUUGGCAUUGACAUUGAGUGGAAACCUAGCUUUAAUCGAGGUAUUCCACAGGGAAAAGCUGCAGUCAUGCAAAUUUGUGGAGAUAUGACUCAUUGUUAUGUAUUACAUAUCAUUCAUUCUGGAAUCCCGGAUAUCCUGCAAUCUCUUCUUGAAAAUUCUACUUACAUCAAGGUUGGAGUUGGUAUUUACAACGAUUCUGUUAAAGUCUUCCAUGAUCAUAACGUGUCGAUCAAAGGAAUUGAAGAUCUGUCCUGUUUGGCGAAUCAAAAGCUUGGUGGAGUGCCUAAGCAGUGGAGUCUCUCUUCACUAGUUGAAACCCUUACUUGCAAACAAGAAUAUCAAUUAGAAUUUUGUACUGCACAGCUGUUGAAGCCGAAGAAGAUUAGACUAGGAAAUUGGGAGGUUGGUAUUCUUUCAAAGGCACAGUUGCAGUAUGCUGCAACAGAUGCUUUUGCAUCAUGGUACCUCUAUGAGGUAAAUUUUAUCAUUGUGCUUUUCCUCAUUUGGCCUUUAUAUAAUCUUAUUACGGCCUAUAUUAGGUGUUGCAGAGCUUCCCAGAUUUACCUAAGGAUCAGAAUGACGACAACAGUGCCGAACCUUUGAUCUCGAAAGAAUCAGAAAUUUGAAAAUUUCAGAAAUAGAUACAAGCUGCCAUGUCAAUGAAGAAUAAAGUUGUGACGAUCACAUAAGGUUGAUUAACGAGUCACAAGUCCAUGAUUAUUGGAAUGGACUAUAUAUGACUCUACAGGACAUUACCAGUCGUUGGCCAAAGCAAGGCUGAGUUGAGGUUAAAGCCAUCACAUGUUUUCAUUUAGCAGUUAUCAGUCUGAUGGGCUUCAUAGUUCAUACUACUACUAUACAAUGUAUAUGUUCUCUGAAACUGGAAUGUGCCCAUUUGCUGAUUCUUCUGACAAUUAAUUGUAAUUUCUGAAACUGGGUUAUCAUCAGAUUUCAUUGUGUUACUGUUUCUCUUUAAUUGUAACUUAUAAGAAGCCCAUAACUUGACAUUUUCGAUAAUCAUUGGCAAUCACAACAAGAAUUACUUUUCUCCGA